AUUUUGUGUCAGGAUCUGCAGUAGUGGAGCAGGAGAUUAAAAGAAGCUGCUGCGGCUCCGGGGCCGCUCAAACUCCGUGGGACAGGCUGCGUGGGUCCGCCGCGGGCCGCGGGACCUCACCGGCGCUCGAACAGAUAUCGGUCAGCAUGGACGGCAGGUCAGCAGAGAGCGUGGGCGAGGUGGACGUCCCCACUAAGGACUUCCCAUCCAUUCAGACCGUCCACACCCAGGACGCCAUGGUGGCCGACCUGCUCCAGCAGGCCGCGGAGGCUGGCGGUGUGGUCCAGGGACAAACUGGAAUCGUACUGGAAUCAGGUCACGGUGAAGAAAUGGUGGCAGUCAGCCAAUCCCAGCAGCAACUGAUGGAAACCGGGGUGGGGGUCCGUGUUGACGGUGGAGCAGGAGUGGAAAUGAUAGUUAUGGACUCGCUGGAUCCCACUUUGCUGCAGAUGAAGACUGAGGUGAUGGACGGUGCAGUUAGAGGCUCUUCAGGUACAAGCGGGGUUACAGGUGCGGCUCAUCAGGCUACUGUAACCACAGUGGACCAGACUCAGAUCAUCACCCUGCAGGUGGUGAACAUGGAGGAGCAGGCAGCCCUGGGCCUGGGGGAGCUCCAGCUGGUCCAGGUUCCUGUUUCUGCCACCGCUGUGGAGGCUCUGCAGCAAGGCACGUUCGUAGACACCACGGCCAUGCCGAAGGACGGAGACCCGGUCAUCUGCCACACGCUGCCGCUGCCGGAGGGCUUUCAGGUGGUGAAGGUUGGCGCUAACGGGGAGGUGGAGACUGUGGAGCAGGAGGAGGGAGCUGAAGCCCACCCUGUAGAAGAGGAGGAAGAAGGGGAGGUGGGCAACCAGCUGCUGGAGGGGGAGGACGAACCUGUUCAUUCUCUUAAUCAUGACCCCGACUGGGCCAAAGAUCCAGACUAUCAGCCUCAAUCAGAACUGAAGAGGAGUAAAAAGGGGAAGAAGAGUCGUCUGCGGUAUGCCGAAGGAGAUAAAGACAUGGACGUGAGCGUUUACGACUUCGAGGAGGAGCAGCAGGAGGGUCUGCUGUCCGAGGUCAACGCCGAGAAAGUAGUCGGCAACAUGAAACCUCCCAAACCCACCAAGAUCAAGAAGAAAGGAGUGAAGAAGACGUUUCAGUGUGAGCUAUGCAGCUACACCUGUCCACGACGCUCCAACCUGGACCGCCACAUGAAGAGCCACACCGAUGAGCGGCCUCACAAAUGUCACCUGUGUGGGAGAGCCUUCAGGACCGUGACCCUGCUGAGAAACCACCUGAACACUCACACAGGAACUCGGCCACACAAGUGCACAGACUGUGACAUGGCUUUCGUAACCAGCGGAGAACUCGUCCGCCAUCGUCGCUAUAAACACACGCACGAGAAACCCUUCAAAUGCUCCAUGUGUGACUACGCCAGCGUGGAGGUGAGUAAGCUGAAGCGCCACAUUCGGUCCCACACCGGCGAGCGUCCAUUCCAGUGCAGCCUGUGCAGCUACGCCAGCAGAGACACCUACAAGCUGAAGAGACACAUGAGGACGCACUCAGGAGAGAAACCGUACGAGUGCUACAUCUGCCACGCCCGCUUCACCCAGAGUGGAACCAUGAAGAUGCACAUCCUGCAGAAGCACACGGAGAACGUGGCCAAAUUCCACUGUCCUCACUGCGACACCGUCAUCGCACGCAAGAGCGACCUGGGCGUCCACCUUCGGAAGCAGCACUCGUUCAUCGAGACGGGGAAGAAGUGUCGCUACUGCGAUGCGGUCUUUCACGAGCGCUACGCCCUGAUCCAGCAUCAGAAGUCCCACAAGAACGAGAAGAGGUUCAAAUGUGACAUGUGUGACUACUGCUGCCGCCAGGAGCGCCACAUGGUGAUGCACCGCCGCACUCACACCGGAGAGAAGCCGUUCGCCUGCAGCCAGUGUGAGAAGACCUUCAGGCAGAAGCAGCUCCUGGACAUGCACUUCAAGCGCUACCACGACCCCAACUUCGUCCCCACUGCCUUCGUUUGCCCCAAAUGCAGCAAGACUUUCACUCGUAGGAACACCAUGGCCCGCCAUUCUGAGAACUGCAACGAGGGCGUGGAGGAGGCUGAGAACGGAGCUCCCAAGAGAGGAAGGAGAGGCAGGAAGAGGAAGAUGAUGACGGGGGACGACGACAGCGAGGACGACCUCCCCGAGCAGGACGAAGACGACGAGGGGGAUGAAGAAGCUGCUCUGCUGCAGGAACAGGAGGAAUCAGAGAGCAUUGAGCUGGACCAGGCCCCCGCUGCCGUCCCCAUGCCGGCCCCCGACGAGCCUCCAGUCAAGAGGAAACGAGGACGGCCCCCGAAGAACCCCCCCAAACCUCCCACUCCCACCAAGUCUGCAAAGAACUCCCCUGCAGCUGCUGCAGUCAUCCAGGUGGAGGACGAGACCACCGGAGAAGUGGAGAACAUCAUCGUGAAGAAGGAGGACGGCUCUGUGAAUGCCGUAACGGUGGACGGGGUGGAACUGGCCCCCGAGGGGGCGGAGACUAUGGAUCUGGGCGCAAACGACACGACAGCUGCUGCCGCCAACGGAGACCUGACACCAGAAAUGAUCCUGAGCAUGAUGGACCGGUGAACACGCCAAGACCCGCUCAAAGACUGCAUGUACAUACCUGAUCUCAUGAUCAUCACAUGACCCACCAGAUGGUUCUGAUCUUUUCUCAGUCCGAGUGUGUCCUGAGUGGGGUCUGUUUGGUUCUUCUGCUCCAGGAAAUCCUCUGACAAAGAUCUAUGUUUUAGUUUGAUUCUCUUUUUCUUUUAUAUGUGUAGUUUUCCAUCAUCGAACCAGAACUGUAAUCUAAACGAUCUGUACUUCAGCUCCCAACCACCACAGGAACCAGAACCCUCCUGGUUGUGAAUCAUGUCCUUCAUCUGCAGCUUCAUCUGCUGCUUUUCCCAUCCUCAUUCCUGAGUUUGGACCCGUUUGCGUCUAAAUUCUCUGAGGAAUCAAGUUUGGUCGUAUGAUCGAUCAGAGACAGCUGUGAGGCGACGGCUGACCCAGACAGAGGUUCUCCGUGAGCUGCAGUCCUCACGUUCAUCAUCUGUACCCACAGUAAACCAAACUCAGAUUUUAAAAACUCAGCGCUCAGUUUCCGAUGAAACCAUCCGUAUUUGUCCGGGGAUGAUGGACUUGAUGGUCUGGAGGAACCGCAGGUGUCGGUCUGGACCAGCCGAUCCCAGGUGGGACCAUGAUCCGAUCCGUGUUGGUGUGCAGGUGAAACAUUCUUCCCUCCAAUGAAAUUCCAGGUUCCAGGAAUGCUGCUCCAUCUGCAGGUCUGCAGGUGGGUGGAAGCUGGACGCGUGAUGUCAUCAUGAUUUCUUCCUGCUGGUUUCAUCGUUGUCGUCUGAGCAGAGGAAAUGUUUGUCUUGUCAUUUCUGAACAGAACUCUGUACAGCUCAGAAAAUAAAUCAUGUUAACAACA